GUCAUGCUUUGGCGCUUUUGGUGACUCCAGAGGAUUAACUAUAAUAACCCUGGUACAGGGAACAUAUCAUAACAACUUCUGUUACAACCUCCAGAUCCACUAGGGGGCGUUGUUGUAAAAACCCCUUAUCCGGUUUGCAGACUGUCAAAACACGGAAAAGGAGGAACGAGGUGGAACAGAUAGGAACUUGCCACACCAGUUCGAGUUUUCUACUUUUCAAACCUGUUCCUGAUUCUGUUUUUCUUGUUUUUUGUGAACCGGUGAAGCCUUGGCCUACCACACAGAGCCUGGUUAGAGCGAGUUCUCUGUGUUCGUCCGUCAUUUGUUGGGUUUUCUUAAUAACGAAAGCAGAACGAAGCGGGCCCGUGAAGCCAUGGCUGACAGUAUGGACGAGGACAUGUCGGAGGAGGCUCAGCCCUUACAGCAGGACCUGACCUGCCCCGUGUGUCAGGGCAUCUUCCGGGACCCCGUGCUGCUGCCCUGCACCCACAGCUUCUGCAAGGAGUGUCUGCAGAAGAGUUUCGAGUUCAACAAGAAGUGUCCGGUGUGCAGGAAAGUGUUUGACGAGUCGCAGUACAUCCCCGUCCGGGCUCUCAACAGCGCCUGUGAGACCUUCCUGAAGGAGUCCAGCUCCAGGUCUGGCCGGAAACGACCCAGCGAGGGCGCCUGUCCGCUUCACCUGAAGCCGCUGGAGCUCUACUGCGAGAAGGACGAGGAGCCGGUCUGCGUGGACUGUGUCACCCUGCACAACACACACAGGCUGUGGCCGCUCAAGGAGGGCGCGCCCAUGUGUAAGAAAGAGCUGGGCUUCAAAGUCCAGAUUUUUGAAAAAAAAAUUGAGUCCUACAAGAAAACGACCCGUAAAAUGAGCAACGCAAAGGAAUACAUCAAGUAUCAAGCAGAGCUGGCAGAGAAGCAGAUCAAGGCGGAGUUCGAGAGGCUCCGCAUUGCACUGGUCACGGAGGAAGCUCUGCGCCUAAAAGCCCUGGCUUGUGACGAGGAGGAGAAGAUGGCUAAAAUGGAGGAGCUGAUCCAGUCCGCAAACAAAGACAUUGAGGAAAUGAAAAAGCUCAGUGACGAGCUGAAGAAAGAGAUGGGAAAUGAAGACCUGCCUCUCCUGCAGAAUUUCCAGAAGUUAAAAAGACAAGCCCAGUGGGUUCGUAUGGAGCCCCGUCUCCCUCACGAUGGUCUUUUGAACAUGGGCAAACAUGUCGGGGCUUUGAGCUUCAAAAUCUGGAAGAACAUGCAGACCCAUGUCAAAUAUAAUCAGGUGGUGUUGGACCCGAACACGGCCUCCCCGUGGCUGUCUCUGAGCCCCGACCUGUCCAGUGUGAAGGAGAGCACGGAGCGGCUGACCGCCCCCGACAACCCGGAGCGCUUUGAUCCCUGCGUCUUCGUUCUCGGUGCUCAAGGGUUCACCUCCGGGAAACACAAGUGGGAUGUCGUCGUUGGCGACAACCCAAAGUGGAUUGUGGGAGUGUGCAAAGAGACCGUGCCUCGUAAAAAGAAGUUCACCGUCUCUACAAACCGUGGCGUGUGGUCCAUCGGACUGAGCAAAGGGGUGUACACCGUCUCUACACCGGAGCGUACGGAGCUGCAGGUGCAGCAGCGCCCCGAAAGGAUCCGCAUUAAGCUCAACAUGGAUAAGGGAGAGGUGUCAUUUUGGGAUGGGGGCAGAGCGAAGCACCUUGUCACUUUAACACACAAUUUUGAUGAGAUUAUAUUCCCUAUUUUUGGCCCUGGGCUCCAUACCUCGCCCAUGACUAUGGCAUCGGCAAAAAUAGCUGUACACACCUCAUGAUGUGCCAAUACCCUGCAGUAAGAUCAUAAAAGGCUUUUUAAAAAGCAAGAUAAACACUUCAGGCAAUUGGGGAUUCAUCGCUAAUGAAUAAAGAAAAUAAAAAGUUAAAACCUGUCAAUGGUGAAGAGGUGAAAUGACAAAAUUGGGGAAGAUGAUCAGAAAUUAGUUUAACAUGUUAAAUGUGACGUGAAUUAUACUGAAAUAUGAUGUAUACUAAAAGUAGAAGACAGAAUUAGUAACUUAAAGCGUCACAAACAUUCAGUUUUAAGAAAAGAUUGAAAUGAUGAGGCUAAUGUAGAGGUUUGGCAUAUAGGACAUAAAUAAAUGUCUUAAAGAAAUUAAGUUUAUUAUCAAGCUUCUGCUGCAUGCUGCAUAAAUUAGUCUGAACACUGACUGCUUACAGGAAAUUGUAAAAACCAAAUGUGAUGACUUUCUCUCAGUCAGCUGAGAAUAAUGAAGACCAAAUUUUUUAGAUGUGCCUUUGCUGAAGAAACUGGAUUGACCAGUUUUUUGUCACUUUAUUAUGGAGAGACGGACAAGAAUAAAAAAAUGAUGGCAGCAUGGCUGGUGCUGGUGGCCAAUACUGAUGAAUUUGAAGAGGUGAAUUAAAGCGUCUCUCAUGAUUUAUCAUUGUGCUUGAGGAUAUGUGUGACAUCCAGCUCUAGAUACCUGAGAAGUCAAUAAAAAAAGGUGAAUGUGAACAUAAUUAAAGUUGCUUGCUUUUGCGGAAGUUAUGUUUUUUAUUUUUUUUUUAUUUUAUUAAUUUCAGUUCUUUCAGGUAUCAGUUGAAUGGACUGUCUCUUGUGCCUUUGGAAAUGUGCUUUGCUAAUCAUUUUUUCUUUUAUAUGAUUUUGUUUAUUGUGCUAAAUCUUCGUGGUCUAAAAUGUUCUUUGCUCUCUAAAUCUGUAAUUUUGUUUUCUUUUAAAAUAAUUGUAUUUUAUCAUUUACUACACAAAGUGUGGCCUGGAAGAGUCCUCAACAAGACAAUUAUUAUUAUAUUAUUAGGCAAUCCUUAGAAAUAGAAUAUAGACUGCUAUACUAUUGCUCUAUAUCUAUAUACAUUUGCAUAUAAACACUUCUCCAAUAAAAUAUUUUAAAAAUCAAA